CUCUCACUCUCCUCGUCCCCCCCCCUCUCUCUAGAGUCUCGAAUGCGAUUUCGGUGUCAUCUUCUAGUUCUUCGAUAGUAUGGCUAGGAGCUGGCUUCUUGAUGUCGGAGGGUUUGCCAAGAAAGUGAAAAGCAGUUCUCUGCCCUCAGCUGAGCAAAUCAAAGACUGUGGGGCAUAUCGUGAAUGUCCAAAUUGUCAUUGGCAUAUUGAUAAUAGUGAUGUUUUCCCUGAGUGGCCCGGCUUUCCCGCUGGGGUAAAAUUUGAUCCUUCUGAUAUAGAGCUCUUAGAACAUUUAGCUGCAAAAUGUGGCAUCGGAAAUGCAGAGCCCCACAUGUUUAUCAAUGAGUUCAUUUCAACGCUGGAGGGUGAUGACGGUAUUUGCUACACUCAUCCAGAAAAUCUUCCAGGUGCUAAAAAAGAUGGGAGUAGUGUCCAUUUCUUUCAUAGAACAAUUAAUGCCUAUGCAUGUGGUCAACGAAAGCGUCGAAAGAUUCAUCAUCAUCAUGGUGCAACUGAGGACCAUGUGCGGUGGCACAAGACUGGGAAGACCAAAUCUGUGAUGGGAGACGGCAUACACAAAGGUUUUAAAAAGAUCAUGGUUCUUUAUGUAAGACCUGAGAAAGGUUCAAAGCCGUAUAAAUCCAAUUGGGUGAUGCAUCAAUACCAUCUGGGGACUGAAGAAGAGGAGAAGGAAGGUGAAUAUGUGGUCUCAAAGGUUUUUUAUCAAAAGAAGCAGCUGGAGAAAAAUGAGGAGAAUCCAUUGGUUGAAGAGUCAGAUAAUAUGACAUCACGAACAAGUCCAAGAACCCCAAACCCAAACCCCCGCAACCCACCUCGACCAGGAAAUUCUGCUGACUGUGAUGAUAAUUUUGAUGAGAAAGUACAUCUCUCAUUCAACAGGGAUGCUGAGUCUAUCCCUGGAGAGCCAAGUGCCUUACCAACUGAUGUCCGGGAUGAGGAUGAUGCGAGUGGCCCCGCAUGGUUGGCUGGUGAAUCACAGGCUAUUGAAACCUCUGACUUUGAUGGUUUGGAUGACAUAUUAUUAUGCAAGGAGAUCUUAGGUUCCACUCAAUUAAAUGAUUCGGGAAUGAAUCCCACCACAGUCAAUGGCUUUGCCGGCGACACAAACUUGUCAGCCGGAAAUGACAAUGCAUCCUUUGGAAUCUCUGACCUGGAUAACCUGGAAUUGGGUACUCCCCCAGAUUUCCAACUUUCUAACUUGCAAUUUUGUUCUCAAGACAGUAUACUUGACUGGAUAGACAGAAUAUGAUAUGCUUUAUGAAGUUUCCCAGAACUGUUCUAUCCACUUACCUCGAUGAGACAUUACUGGCUGCCUCAAGUUCGUGAACUCUUUCAGCUUCCAGCUCAGCCGACGCCGGAGUUUGAGCACUCUGCACGUCCGUAGUGUUCACAUGAAUCUGUAGUUGAAUUUUUAACUCGUUAUGUGAAAGCCAUUGAAAUGGCAUGUUGAUCUAUGUUGUAAUAUAUUUUGUGUUGUAUGUAUGUAAAGAUUACCACCAAAUUGGCUGAAUAUUACCAACUAAGCUUCUUUAAUUGAUAAUAUGGGAAAUUGUGUGUUAA